AUUCCACUUAGCCCGUGCAUCCGGUGACUACAUCGCUUCAUGAUCACUUCAAGUGCAUCGCAGUUGCAUGGUAACGCCGCAAACAGCUAUUCGUGGUUUGAAAAGAAACAGAAUCUGUUACAGAAAAAGGCAGCCCACAACACAACAAGAUGCUGAGUUUCUUUUAUUUGAUAUCAAUUUCAAGCCUUGUGACCAAGGCCCACAACGAGCCAUCUUGCCAAGGAAACGCCAGGUCAUGCACUACGGAAUGCCCACGAAAUCUCAACCGAGAUUUCAACGGCAUUCCCAACCGUGUCCUGCUUGGCCACGGAUACGGCAACCUGACAGUAGCUUCGCCGGUCCGGUGUGGCAGGGAGUGUCUCAUCGAAGACCGCUGCUUCUCUUUUCAGUAUUCCGAGAAGGACAGGCAGUGUGAGUUGAAUGAAGCGACAGCGUCGCAAUUCCCGCUGGCUCUGAUUGAGAAAACGGGUAAAAACCACUUCGGACCAGAACAGCCAACUUUUGCUGAGCUAAUAACAAGUUGGAAGGGAGAAGCUCCAUUGAGUCUGACUGACUGUUGGUACCAGAGUCGAGCAUGUGCCUCCUCUGACUGCCAAAGUGCCGGCCAACACCUCUGCCUUCAAUGGGAACUACAACACGCCUACAAGGAAGGCUACCCGCCAACAACUCCCCAUGGCUCGUGGUGCGCUGAUCUUGGCCGCCUGGCCGUUCUAACGGAGACCGGAGUGACCUUCCACGACCUGCCGCUGACCACUUCUGCCCCCGCUCUUUGCUGCUCUGUCCCAGUGAGCUACCGAGAGCCCGUUCUGACAGAGCAGAAAUAUGAUCUCGCGGACCGUGCUGGUCAGUUGAGCGGUUGCUCCGACCUGGCUGCCCAUCUCUGCACCCUGGCUGAGCUCAAGGAGGCCUACGAUCACGGCUACCGAUGCAAUUGUUGGUAUUACUUUGCAACACCGAACCGCGAUGCAUCAGUGAAGCCCGGUGGGUGUGGUGCCUAUUACGGCUCCGAGUGCUACCAAGGGAUCAUAGCAAACACACCAAGACCAGCCAAUGGUCGUCCAGCUUACUGCUGUCCAAACCGCGCCCAAUAACUAGUCUGGCAUGCAUGCAAGCGGGUAGGAUUGAGAUUGGGUGGGUGAUUGAAGGCAAAUACACAGAGACCAUAAUAGGCUUAAGAACCGAUGUUAGUAGUGCGUGAAGUUAUUAAUUAAAGGAACGGAAUUGUCAUGUUUUUCAACCGUAAUCUGUGUAGUGGUUCCACACUCCCUAAAUCUAUCAUCUCAAAUAAUUAUGAAAUAAAGCCAUACUUAGCUCUGAGAUUACAGCUGCAACGGCGUUUAAUAUUUCAGUAUAUAAAAAAAAAUCAAACAUACGUAUUACUCUUUUCUCUUCUGUUGUACGUUUUCAA